CAGCAGUGCUAACAUAUUUUCCUGACUAUGUAUCGAAUAAACCUAACCACGUUCACAUUACUUUUAGUGCUAACGGUAGGAACUUUGAUGUCGGAGUCAUUGCAUCCCUCAGACGGUGCCAUUAAAGAUUUGUACGAUUAUCUGUUGCAACGGGAGUAUGCUGCCCCCGUUUCGUACGCUGAUCAUCAAAUCAAGCGAAAGGCAGUACGAUCACCAUCGCUGAGGCUACGAUUUGGAAGGCGCAGUGAUCCGAGCGUGCCUCUGCGUUCCGAGGAAGAUGAACUGAUCGACCAAAAAGCAAUACGUGCGCCCCAGUUGCGUUUGAGGUUUGGCAGAAACGACCCACUCUGGACUUCAUUCAACGAAAACGCUUUGCUGGAAGAAAACUUUGAAAAGCGAGCACCCUCACAAAGGCUGCGAUGGGGCCGAUCGAAUCUGUUUGGCAAUCUGGUCAACCAGUUCCAGCAGGACGAUGUCAUGCAGCAGAAAGCAAUACGGGCACCCCAGCUAAGACUACGAUUUGGAAGAACUGACCCAUCCUGGGCCAUGUACAAUGAACAUCAGCUAACAGCACCGGCCGUUCAACAGGCACAGUUGGGCAACGAUGCAAGUGAAAAACGUGCACCGACACAGCGGCUCCGAUGGGGCCGUUCCGAUCCUGCACUAUUAAAAGAUUCCUCCGAGGACAAAGCGCCAGAAGCGGAGGAAAGCGAAGGCACCAACGUUGAUGACAAGUAAACAUCAUGCACGGUAACUACCUGAACCCCAUCCAGUCGUCGUCGUCAUUUGCACAUUCUCGUAUCCGGAACUCUCC